AUGUGGCGGAUGCUGUUCCCCCGGUGGAUCUGCUUCCUGGCGUGCCUGUCAGUGUGGAUGGAGCACCGGGUCCUCGCCAUUCCCCGGGUAGCCUAUUCACAUGCGGGUAUCUGCCCUAAUGACAUGAACCCCAACCUGUGGGUGGAUGCUAUGAGCACCUGUACACGAGAGUGUCAGUCUGAUCAGGAGUGUGAGACUUUUGAGAAAUGUUGCUCAAAUGUGUGUGGGAACCGGAGCUGUGUGGCAGCCCGAUAUGUGGAUGGGAAAAAAGGCCCGGUGGGAAUGCCCAAGGAGGCCACCUGCGCCAGCUUCAUGUGCACCCAGCAGGGAUCAGAAUGUGACAUCUGGGACGGUCAGCCGGUGUGUAAAUGCCGGGACCGCUGCGAGAGGGAGCCCCAUUUCACCUGUGCCUCCGAUGGCAUGACCUACUACAACAAGUGCUACAUGGAUGCAGAGGCGUGCUCCAAGGGCAUCACCCUCACUGUGGUCACCUGCCGCUACCACCUGACCGGACCCAACACCAGCCCCUCGUUGCCCCAGGUGACCACUCUUCGACCCACCACUGCUCCCCUUCAGGCCACCAUCCCACCUCCUACAGAGCCUCAGCCACCAGUCGUGGUCAGCAGCCCCACCCACCACCUGGUAAAUGUUGGCGACACAGCCAGCUUCCUGUGUGACGUGACGGGUCGACCGAGACCCGAAAUCACCUGGGAGAAGCAGCAACAGGAGGGGGUAGAGAGAGUCGUCAUGAGGCCCAAUCAUGUGCGAGGGAACGUGGUAGUCACCAACAUCGGUCAGCUGGUCAUCUACAGUGCCCAGCCCCAUGACUCUGGUAUCUACACCUGCACAGCCCGGAACCCGUCUGGCUCAGCUCAAGUCCACCACCCACUCACCGUGCUGCCCGCAGAGCCACCCAAAAGUCCAGAACCCAAGAACCUGACCCGCUGUCUCCCCGAGGAGUGUCUGAAACCCCCUGAUAACAGUGAGGAUUGUGGGAGCGAGCAAGAGAGAGUCAGCUGGUACUACGAACCCAAGACCAACAACUGCUUCUCCUUUACCCACUGCCACAGCAACAGCAAUAACAACAACAACAAUGACCAACCCCAGAGGAAAGUGUUUGAGACGUACGAGGAGUGUAUGCAGUGCUGCGGCCCAGAGCUGUCGGGCCCCUGCGGGCUCCCCAGCCAUCAGGGCCCCUGUAAGGCCUACGAGCCUCGCUGGGCCUACAGCAGCACCCUGCGGCAGUGCCAGUCUUUCAUCUACGGAGGCUGUGAAGGCAACGACAACAACUUUGAAUCCAAAGAGGCCUGCGAAGAGAUGUGCCCCUAUCCGAAGAACCACCACUGCAAGGCCUGCAAGCCAAGAGGCAAGAUGGUGACCAGCUUCUGCAAAAGCGACUUUGUGAUCCUGGGUCGCAUGACGGAGCUGACGGAGGAGAAGGACUCUGGCCAUGCCCUUGUGACUGUGGAGGAGAUCCUUAAGGAUGAGAAGAUGGGCCUCCGCUUCUUUGGCCAGGAGCCUCUGGAGGUGACCUUCCUCAACAUGGACUGGAACUGCCCCUGCCCAAACAUCACCGGAGCCGCCGCCGAGGGCCAGGUCAUCGUCAUGGGCGACGUGAACGACGGCAUGGCCGUCCUUCAGCCCGAGAGCUACGUGGGAGCAUCUAGCCCUCGCCGUGUACGGAAGCUCAGAGAGGUCAUCUCCAAGAACACGUGUGACAUUCUCAAGGCAAUCACCAACAGCCCUCAGUAGGGGUGUUCAAGCUGUCUGUACAUAAUGCUUAGCCUUAUGAAACAUACCCUGACUCUGCUGUGACUGCAAUGGUCUGUCCUCUGAACAUGAGUCAUAAAUAUGUUUUAUGUCUUAGUGACCAUUCAGCUAAGGUUAAUGGAUGGAGUUAAAGAUUUUGUUGGUGUAUUUCCAGUAUUGUUUCACUGUUUUUGAAAGAUUUCUGGGGUCUCCUACUCAGAAGCUCUUGUCAUUUGACAUUAUAUUGUGUGUAUAGAAAUGUCUUUUCAUGAGGUCUGUUCGCAGCGGAGCUUUCUGUUAUGGUCCAGUCAUCGGUGUUGUUGAUUGAAAUACCAUGUAUGUGAACACAGGAGACAUUCAUCAUGAUCCUCUUGUUACCUGAAUCCCCAGGCUCCUGUCUUUCCUUAUGCCCUCUCCUGCCUCCACUGGAAAUGGAGGUUGCAGACUUGCAUUGAAGCACAAAACAGACACGAUAAUGUUUGAUUAUUAUGUAUAUAAUUUUACUCUCACAUUUCUAACAGUUGUCUCAUUUGCCAGCCUUCUUUACACCUGGCGAUCUCAAAAUCUGAGAAUAUCUUCAUAUGUGUC